CCUUUUUUUUCAAGUCUAGGUAGAAACCAGUCCUGGUUUAACACCAUUCUUGCAUUUGUGUGCUAAUGAUGAAAGGUAUGGCUUUAUUUUGAAUAAAUAUAAUAAUAACGUAUACUAAGAACUUGGGCUGUUGAUGCUUUGUUAAAUACUUUAAAAAAAAAAAGAAAAAAAAUGUCAAUCUAUUUAGAAUUUAGCACACUGACCACAUGGCUGUUGAUCAACUUGGUGCUGCUGGAGAGCUCAAAUGGUGCUGUCAACCCUUGUUGCUACUACCCUUGUCAAAACUCGGGAGUUUGCGUGCGAUUGGCUGCCGAGAGCUACGAGUGUGACUGCGCCCGCACCGGCUUCUAUGGGGAAAACUGCACCCAUCCCGAGUUCUGGACUUGGCUUCAGCUCACACUAAAGCCCAGCCCAGGGGUGACCCACUACUUGUUGACACAUUUCCAGUGGCUUUGGGACUUGGUCAACAACUCGUUCCUGCAGGACACCUUCAUGAGACUAAUACUGACUGUGCGCAGUGACCUCAUUCCCAGCCCUCCGACCUAUAACACCAAGUAUGGCUACCUCAGUUGGGAGUCCUACUACAACACUUCCUAUUACACCCGGAUUCUACCGCCAAUCCCAGAUGACUGUCCUCUACCCAUGGGAACCAAAGGCAAGCCCCAUUUGCCCGAUCCCAAAGCAUUGGCAGAGCGUUUUUUCAAAAGGCAGAAAUUCCGGGAGGAUCCAGGAGGAACCAACGUUAUGUUCGCCUUUAUGGCUCAACAUUUCACCCACCAGUUCUUCCGCACCGACCAUAAUGUCAAGGGAGGCUUCACCAAAGCUCUAGGACAUGGGGUCGAUGCAAGCAACAUUUACGGCGAUACGCUCACGCGGCAGUUGCAACUUCGUCUUCAUAAGGACGGAAAGCUGAAAUAUCAGCUAGUGAAUGGCGAGGUAUACCCCGCUUCGGUGUCCGAGGCCCCUGUUCACAUGGUAUACCCCGCUGGCUUUCCUUCCGAGCAGAGACUGGCUGUCGGUCACGAGUUGUUCGGAAUGCUGCCGGGCCUGACCUUGUAUGCCACCUUGUGGUUGAGGGAGCACAACCGAGUGUGUGAUGUCCUCAAGUUGGAGCAUCCCAGCUGGGACGACGAGCAGCUCUUCCAGACUGCCAGGCUCAUUGUUAUUGGUGAGAUCAUUAAGAUUAUCACGGAAGAGUACGUGCAGCAUCUGAGCGGCUACCUAUUCAAGUUGAAGUUUGAUCCCUCCUUGCUCUUCGGUCAGCACUUCCAGUACAGCAACCGUAUUGCUCUAGAGUUCUGCCACCUGUACCAUUGGCACCCAUUGAUGCCUGACAGCUUCCACGUGGACAAUGACGUUAUUCCGCACUCACGCUUCUCCUUCAACACCUCGCUGCUUUUUCACUACGGUGUGGAGAAGCUGGUGGACGCCUUUUCGCGGCAACCGGCGGGACAGGUAUGUGGAGGGCGUAACUCUCACGAAGUGGUCCUCCGAGUGUCCGAAAUGGUCAUCCGAGAAUCCAGAGAGACGCGUAUACAGCCUUUCAACGAAUACAGAAAGAAGUUCAACUUGAGGCCCUACACCACAUUCAGAGAAUUUACAGACGACAAGGACAUUGCGGCGGGUUUGCUGGAGCACUAUGGUCACAUCGACGCCCUGGAGUUCUACCCGGGCAUCCUCCUGGAGAAGCCACGUCCCGGCUCUAUCUUUGGAGAGAGCAUGGUGGAGAUGGGUGCCCCCUUCUCCCUGAAGGGCCUGCUGGGCAACCCGGUGUGCUCGCCUGAGUACUGGAAGCCGAGCACUUUCGGCGGGGAGGUGGGCUUCAACUUGGUCAAAACAUCUACGCUGAAGAAAGUGGUGUGCCUUAACACCAAAUGGUGUCCAUACGUCAGCUUCCGGGUUCCUCUUCAGCAGGAGGACACUAAGAUGAAGAACUCUGAGGAGCUUUAACUUACCUAAUUAGGAGGCAUGUUUUUUUUUUUUUUUAAAUAAGUAGCUUGUAACUCGUGGCUUCCCUUGGGAGUUAACAAAAAUAAUUGAAUUACAAUUAAAUCCAGUUUUGCUGCAA